AUGUUUCUUUCUGCUGCCAGAGCUAGACCUCAAUUGCGUACUCCGCUCAGAAUGCUUACCUCCCACGCCGUGAUCUUCUCCACCCACGGAGAACCCAAAGACGUUUUGAAAACACAUUCCUACGAAAUCGAUGAAAACAGCAUUGGCCCAGGCGAGAUUGUCUUGAAGACCUUGGGUGCCCCAAUCAACCCCAGUGACAUCAACCAGGUCCAAGGCGUUUACCCUAGUCAGCCUGAAAAGACAACUGCUUUGGGUACUUCAGAGCCCCUGGCCGUCGGCGGUAACGAGGGUCUUUUUGAAAUCGUCAAAGUGGGCUCCUCAGUGAAGGACUUCCAGGUGGGUGAUUGGGCCAUUCCCACCAGCGUCAACUUCGGCACUUGGAGAUCGUAUGCUGCCUGUGACGCUGAAAAGAUGAUGAAGGUGCCCAACCCGGAGCAGUCCAAGGCUGCUGGCAAGAAGCAGGGCCUUUCUCUCAACCAGGGUGCUACGCUUUCUGUGAACCCCCUCACCGCCUACUUGAUGUUGACCCACUACGUGAAAUUGACCCCUGGCAAAGACUGGUUUAUCCAGAACGGAGGUAAUUCUGCCGUGGGCAAGUUUGCGUCGCAGAUCGCCAAGCUCUUGGGCUUCAACUCCAUCUCGGUGGUGAGAGACAGACCCGAGAUCGACGAGCUCCGCAAGGAAUUGACCGAGGUCUGCGGCGCCACUCAUGUGAUCACCGAGGAACAGAACAACUCCAAGGAGUUUGGCCCCCAGGUGAAGCUGUGGCUCAAGGAGUCUGGUGGUGAGAUCAAGCUUGCGUUGAACUGUGUCGGUGGAAAGUCCAGUGCCGGUGUUGCCAGGAAGUUGGCUCCAAACGGUUUGAUGCUUACAUACGGUGGAAUGUCGUACCAGCCUGUGACUUUGCCUACUUCGUUGCACAUUUUCAAGAACGUCACCAGCGCUGGUUUCUGGGUGACGGAGUUGUUGAAGAGCGACCCCAACUUGAAGAGAGAGACUGUCGACCGCAUUGUGGAGUGGUACACCAGCGGCGAGCUUUUGGACGCUCCGCUGAAGGAGAACGAGGUUGGCGACCAGGAAGUGGCUCAGGUGGUCAUUGACGCUAUUGCCGCUUCCAAGUCUGGUAAGCAGCUCGUCAAGUUUUGA